AUGAACAAAAAUCCCUUCGUAACGACCGCUGCCUACACUCCACAACAGCCGCCUCUCCCACCAGGCCCUCCUCCUCCUCAGCCAACACAGCCAGAUUAUUCUGCCUAUUGGGCUGCUGCAGCUUCUGCGGUGCAGACACCUGCUGUUGGUGCGUACAACCCUCAAUGGCCUGCUACCCAAACUGCGCAACCUGCGGCUCCUCGGCCCACUGCUGAGCAGUCUGCCCUCUAUGCUAACUACGGCUAUGGAGGACAACAAAACCUUUCUUGGCAACAACAUCAGCAAAGGCAACCUCAACAGCAUUUUCAGCCUCCUCCUCCCGUAGUACAACCGCCACCGCCACCACCUCAGCCAGCCUAUAACCCUUACCAGCCUCAAGCGGGGGCAUAUCAACAGCCUUACAUCCCGCAGAGUGGGCCUACACCUCAACAGGUUCCUCAAACGCCAUACCAGCCGCAAAUUGCACCUCAAACUUUUCAACAGCAGCCGCAGCAGGCGUUUUUCCACCCACAGCAACAGCAGCAGCAACAGCAGCAGCGGCCAAACAAUCGGAACCCGAACAUCCUCCACACGCCUCCUCAACAAUUGCCGCCUGCAAAGAGACAGCGAUUCGAUGGGCCCAGCCAGCAUCGUGGACCUCCGCCUCAACCUCAAUUUCAGCCGCCUCCGGCCCCGCCGCCUAUGCAGCAGGGUGGGAUGGGCAUGUUUGGUCAAGGGCAAGGGCAAGGGCAGGGUCAGGGUCAGCACGGGCGAGGUGGAGGACCGGGGAUGAAUCAGAUGUCGAUGAAUGGUGGAAGAGGAGGCUUCAUGAGUGGACGAGGCGGUAACAACAUGGGCGGCAGAGGACGGGGAACGCCGAUGGGAAUGAACCGGGGCGGGAAUCGAGGGAGAGGGGGGACGUACAACAACAUGGGUGGUCGGGGAGGAGGGAUGGGUCAAAACAGCGGGAGCUUCCGAGGACACGGAUCGAACCGUGGAUUUGGGAACCGAGACAACCGGCGAGGUGGGUCAUUCACCGCAGGAGGAAAUCAGGGCUAUUCGCAUGGCUACCAACACCAGCAGCACCAACACCAGCAGCAGCAUCAUCACCAGCAUCAGAGCUAUUCAAACAGCAGUUCGUUCCGAGGCCGUAAUCAGGGGUUCGCGUCGUCCUCGCGCGGAGGUCGACAUGAUUCUGGUCCGCUCCAUGGCGGUAGGGAAAGCAGUAAUGCGGUUUCCGCAGGGUUCUCGAGUGGUAAGAAAGACGAGAACCGGCGAACGCUGACUGAUUUCAAGAUCAUUGGACUCGAUAUUCCCGAGCUGGCAUGGAGCUGGGGUGUCUCGAAAUCUGAGGUUGUCGAACCAUCUAUGAAGGUGGAAAAAAUAGAGAGUGCUACUCCAUCCGAGGUUCCUGCUGACACUCAUAUUGAGCAGGAACCGACGGCUGUCAAGGCAGAGCCAACCGGUGAUGUUUUGUUAACAAAUGCCGUGCCAGCUUCAGGCGACGCCAUCGGUGAGAGCGUUCCAGUGAAAGUGGAGUCCACCGCUUUACUGCCACCUCCUCCCUCGCGCAUUCGUAUCUAUUUCCACACCCCUGUUACUGCUGACGAUUCGCGCCCGAUUCCUGCGCAAUCGCCGUAUUCUUCUCUGGGUCCGUCUUCUGCUUCUAACAUUAGGAAAGGGAAACGUAAAAAGCUCGAGGAUGACGAUGGUGAUACGGAAGAUGGGCGCGGCCCGCCCCCACCUCCUCCGCAUUCAUCUGGGAUAGCCCCAGAUCAUGAUGGUGCCAGUGUUUCUGCGAGCAUGGAUUAUGAUGGUGCAGAUACUGCUGUCGGACGCGAAAGUGUCGCUCCGAGUGUGGCAGAGACGGCCAGCGAGGGUGAUUGGCUCAUGGCUGCCAUUGGAGGAGACGAAAUGCAGGAUGAGGAGGAAGGGGAUGGCCAUGUGCACGAGCACGAGCACGAGCACGAGCCGUACCAUGAAUCCGAUGCAGAUGCAGAAGGCGAAUAUGCGUGGACACGCAGCUCGUUCGAACGACCGCCGUUCGCACCGCUAAUUUCCAUUUUCUCUAAAGAAGGCACUGGUUUUGAUGGCAUGCAAGGGGAGGGUCACGACGACUCUUAUAUGAUGGGUGGCGAUGAGGAUGCUCAGGGCUCCAUUGAUGAGCACCAUGAUGUGAAUGCGCCGGCUGCUGAACAGGGCAGUAUGUUCGUGGAUUCACAUAUCUCUAACGGCGUAAACGGCCCAGAGAACCCCUCGCUGACUGCCGUCUCCGAUGUGUCAAUGGGCAUUCCUUCUGAUCAGCAGACUAGUCUCGAAACAGGUUCCACUGGAAUACCUGGGCAGGCAGUUGGCUCCGAGAAUCAGGAUGCCAACAAUUCCGUCCCCUCUGGAUCGUCUACUUCUCCUGAUAUUUCCUCUUCUGUGGAUGUGGCUGUCCCGUCAUCCAUCUCUCCUGCCAUCGAGUCUGCUAACGAUUCACACCGUGAUGACGCUCAGGCACUCUCCGAAGAAGUCAAGCGCACUGCUCCGGCACCGUUGCGGCCUAUGGAUUCCAUCGCGUCCACCGUUCCCGAUACAAACAUUCAGAACGCCGACCAUGCAUCGUUCACAUCCACUGUAGUCGACGACGAUGUUUCGGGAUCUCAAGGCGACAGAGCACACAGGGAGGCUACACAACCUGUCGAAGAAGCUCAAGAGACAUCUGUGUCCCCCGUCUCUCUUGCAGUGGCAUCCACCACAUUGACAAGCUCAACAGCUUAUAGCGAACCUUCCACAUCACAGCUGCCCUCACAAGUAGCUGGGAAGUCCGGCAGGAUCGCAUCAGCCAACCGCCUCUCCGUUUCCUAUGCUGCAGGCACUCGGAGAAUGGUGAUCGAUGCUGAAAUCGUUGAAAAGUUGAAGGUUAUCAGAGCUGAUGGUCGCAUCGAGGUGUGCUUGACCAUCGACAAGGACGAGCUCAGCGGGUAUAAGGGAAUUCUAAUGGAAGCAUAUUCCGAGGCUACUGCCUCAUAUCUCCCGCUGGAAAUUUCCGAACAUCUCGAAAGCGAUCCGACCAUCCCUGUUUUCUCGAAAUCUGGUAUUCCCUCCACAAUUACGCUCAUUGCGCAUUUAGACAAAGAGCGUCCUUUGUCGGAACCUCGAUGGGUCAAGAGCGGCGAUGUUCACGAAUGGCUGAAGAGCAUGUUCGGGCGUAUGUUCUGGGUUGCUGGCGAUGCCGCGGACGGCUGGGAGAAAAAGAUCGAGGUCGCAGACCCUGACCCUGCACCUACAAUCUGGACCAUUCUGGAGUCGUGGGCGCAGAACUCCAACAUCGGUCAAUCCACCGAACGUCAGCGAUUCUUGCGCACGCACAUGACGGAGACCGACAACAUACUCGAGAUUCUUCUCCGCCUCGUGCGAGGCGAGCGUUCGAGUACAGUCUAUCCGCAGUCGACGUCUGCCCUCGCUGCACCCAACAUUGCUGGACCUCUGUUAGCUGCAUUGUCCCCCGGUGCGGCGCAUGGCGCACAGCAGACGCACGUCUCCCUUGCAGUUCUCGCGAUAUUCCGACUUGCGGUUGAAUACGCCAAGAAGGCUUCGCCCGAGAGUGGCAAAAACGAAGUUGAGGAACGCGUGGGUGAGAUCAUCCGUUCGUUACCGUCGCACUUGCUCUACAAAAGUCUCGAUGGGAUUUUUAAGGAGUGGAAGGUCGAGAAGAAAGGCGGGAGGUGA